AGCGCGAGCUUCCCGUCAGUUGGCACCGUGUGGUAGUAAUAGACCGAGUCGCCGCCAACCAACUGGAAGUCCCGCAACAUUCGGAUCUGGGACAGGCGGCUGUGCUCCCUGAGUAGAUGCUCUUCAUUGAGGUGAUAAAAACCUAAGAGAGUAGCAACUAUUUACUCAAGUCGUGACGAAUUACGUGGUCUGCCUCCAUAUCACAGCGACACAAAGCUAAUCAGUCUUUGAACCUAAUGUUAGUUUAAGACUGCUGCAAAUAAAAAGGAGCAGCUUCUACCGUACUGAUCACACUGUACGACCUAUAUGGGAGACGACAACAGCGAUUAAUGAUCCCUUAGCAGUGGACGUCGGCAAGAAGUUGGACGUCUGAAUGCUAAAUACAACAAACAAAAGCAAGCUACAACAAUUGGAUACAAUGAAUGCAAAGUCAGCACACGUAGUACUUCUGACUGGAAUCUUUCUACUAAUGUUAAUGGACAUGGCUAGUGCUGUGAAGUGCUACAUUUGCAGCUGGAAUCCAAGAGAUUAUGACAAUGAUACAUGUACAACAGACAAUUUCAAUCCACAGCGUACAAGAACAGAUGAAUGUGAUGCAGGAUGUGAGACUGUUAUCAUGAGAGACAGCAAUGGUGAUCUGGAAAUGUUCUACAGAAAUUGUUACACGAAUGGAAAUUAUAUUUACAGCAAAGAGAUGAAAAGAGUAAAUAAUGAAGAAAAAUACAAAUGCAGUUCGAGAUUAUGUAACGCUGGAACAAGAAUACAACUGGCUUUCUUACCUGUUCUUUUAUGUGGCUCUGUGAUAAUCACCCUAUGCUUAACUGUGCUCAUGUGAAGUGUUUUAUAGUUAUCAUGACUGACAAAACCUCAGGGAGUCAUUCAUUUAAAAAAAUUCCAGCAGCAGGAGUAUUAAUAACUGAUUAGUCACAGUAAUUUUGCCAUUAAUUUUCAUGUUAUUUAUCAAUGAAUGUGCAUUUGAAUACUUUGUUAUUUAUAUUCAUACAACUGAUUAUGGAGAGUUAGCGAUCUUAAAAUGUAUAUCGUACCAUAAUUGAAUAAACAUGUAUUUACAAGGUCA